GGUGGUCGUGUCACGGUCGUAGGAAGUACACUAGCGAUUAUCCAAGUCCCCGGACAAGCAACAAGAUGACUGGUCGUGGAAAGGGAGGUAAGGGAUUGGGUAAAGGAGGCGCAAAGCGUCACAGGAAGGUACUUCGCGACAACAUCCAAGGCAUCACCAAGCCGGCCAUUCGUCGGUUGGCUCGACGUGGAGGCGUGAAGCGAAUCUCAGGUCUCAUUUACGAGGAGACUCGCGGUGUCCUCAAGGUCUUCCUUGAGAACGUGAUUCGUGACGCUGUGACCUACACGGAGCACGCGAAGAGGAAGACUGUCACCGCUAUGGACGUCGUCUAUGCCUUGAAGCGCCAGGGACGCACUCUCUACGGUUUCGGCGGUUAA